AGUCUCUUUCCACAGAGGGGACACAUGUUGAUGUAGAAGAGACAUGAAGAAGUGGAUUUUGCAUAGUAGGUGAUUAUAGGAUUUAGAGAUGGAGCUGUCGGAGGUGCGGUGCUCCAGCGCCAGCGAGGAUCUGUACACCAUCAACCCCAGCAGACCCAAGCGGCUGCUGUGGCAGAACGCCGUGCGGCACAUCACGGAGCAGAGGUUCAUUCACGAGCAGGGCGGGGGGGUGGAGGUGAAGCACGAGCCCUACGACCCGCAGGAGAAGACCCGCACCUCGGUGGGGGGGGCGCACAACAACGGGGGCACCAAGGUGUUCCCGGCACGCGCCAGCAGCGACCUGGGCUUCCUGCAGAUCGACUGCGCUCCCAGUAACUCCGACUUCUUCCUGAACUGGGGCUACACGUAUCGGGGCGUCAUCUUCCCCACGCUGCGCAACGCCUUCAAAUCCCGAGACCUCGAACGUCUCUACCAGCGCUACUUCCUCGGGCAAAGGCGUAAAUCUGUGGUCGUGAUGAACAUCCUGGACAUAGUGACGAAGAUCACUCUGCUGGUCCUCCACCUCACCCUCGCCUCCUCGCCCAUGGACCCCAUUAAAGGCACCCUUCUGGGGCUUUUCACGGGUAUUGAGGUGGUGAUUUGCGCGCUUGUGGUGGUGCGUAAAGACUCCACGUCGCACGCGUACCUGCAGUGGAGCGGCGCCCUCAGCUGGAUGGUGAUGGUACUGCAGAUGUUGGCGGCGGGGCUGGGUUUCGGGCUCCUGGGGGACGGCGUGGGGUACGUCCUCUUCACGCUGUUCGCCACCUACAGCAUGCUGCCGCUGCCCCUCACCUGGGCCAUCACCGCCGGGCUCACAACCUCCGCCCUGCACAUCCUGGUGCAGACGCUCACCUCCCACAAUGCACCGCUCUCCUCCAACCAGGUGGCGGCUCAGGCGGUACUGUUCCUCUGUAUGAACACAGCGGGGGUCUUCAUCAGUUAUCUGUCGGACCGGGCUCAGCGUCAGGCCUUCCUGGAGACGAGGCGCUGCAUCGAGGCGCGUCUGAGGCUGGAGACAGAGAACCAGAGACAGGAGAGACUGGUGUUAUCAGUCCUGCCUCGUUUUGUAGUUUUGGAAAUGAUCAACGACAUGACAAAUGUAGACGACGAACACCUCCAGCAUCAGUUCCACAGAAUCUACAUCCACCGCUACGAGAAUGUCAGCAUUCUUUUCGCAGAUGUCAAAGGCUUCACUAACCUCUCCACGACGCUGUCGGCGCAGGAGCUGGUGCGAAUGUUGAACGAACUCUUUGCACGCUUCGACCGCCUCGCACACGAGAACCACUGUCUGAGGAUAAAGAUUCUGGGCGAUUGUUACUACUGUGUGUCGGGUCUGCCGGAGCCCAGACAGGACCACGCUCACUGCUGCGUGGAGAUGGGCCUCAGCAUGAUCAAAACCAUCAGAUAUGUGAGGUCUCGUACGAAACACGACAUCGACAUGCGGAUCGGGAUCCACUCGGGCUCGGUGCUGUGCGGCGUGCUGGGCCUCAGGAAGUGGCAGUUUGACGUCUGGUCCUGGGACGUAGACAUCGCCAACAAGCUGGAGUCUGGAGGAAUCCCUGGGAGGAUCCACAUCUCCAAAGCGGCUCUGGACUGUCUGAACGGAGACUACGAGGUGGAGGAGGGCCACGGGAAGGACCGCAACGACUUCCUGCGCCGCCACAACAUCGAGACGUUCCUCAUCAAGCAGCCGGAGGAGAGCACGCUCAGCCUGCCAGAGGACAUCAUGAAGGAGGCGUCGAGCUCCUCGGACCGCAGGGCCAGCAGCACCACCUUCAACGAGGCGUCCUGGAGCCCCGAGCUGCCCUUCGACAACAUCGUGGGGAAGCAGAACUAUUCCCAGAUGAGAGACGAGGUGUUCAAGUCCAACCUGGUGUGCGCCUUCAUCGUUCUCAUCUUCAUCACCACCAUCCAAGGCCUGCUUCCCUCCGCCAGGAUGGUAACCAUGGUGGUCCAGUUCUCAAUCCUCAUCGUCCUGCAUUCCUGUCUGGUCCUAGUAACGACGGCGGAGGACUACAAGUGUCUGCCUCUGGUUCUGAGAAAAGCCUGCUGCUGGAUCAACGAGACGUACGCCGCCAGAAACGUCAUCAUCUUCAUCUCCAUCCUCAUCAACUUCCUGGCAGCCAUGAUCAAUAUACUGUGGUGCGACUUCGACAAGUCGGGCAGCGGCUUCAGGAACCAGACGUUCAACGAGUCGACCUCCAUCCCAGACAUCUGCUUCUACCCAGAGUACUUUGUGUUCACGGGGGUCCUGGCGAUGGUGACGUGUGCCGUGUUCCUGCGGCUGAACUCGGUAUUGAAGUUGGCGGUUCUGCUGGUGAUGAUCGCCGUCUACUCCCUGCUGACCGAAGCGUUCUACACCUCGCUGUUCCUCCGCUACGACACCGUCCACAAGAACACAGAGAACUUCCUGGGGACCAAAGAGACGUCUCUGCUCCUGAUGGCCAUGUUCCUCCUGGCUGUGUUUUACCACGGACAGCAGCUGGAGUACACGGCGCGGCUGGACUUCCUGUGGCGCGUUCAGGCCAAAGAGGAGAUCAACGAGAUGAAGGAGCUGCGAGAACACAACGAGAACAUGCUGAGGAACAUCCUGCCGAGCCACGUGGCCCGACACUUCCUGGAGAAGGACCGGGACAACGAGGAGCUGUACUCUCAGUCGUACGACUCGGUGGGCGUGAUGUUCGCCUCCAUCCCGGGCUUCGCAGACUUCUACUCUCAGACGGAGAUGAACAACCAGGGAGUCGAGUGCCUCCGGCUCCUCAACGAAAUCAUCGCCGACUUCGACGAGCUGCUUGGUGAGGAUCGUUUCCAGGACAUCGAGAAGAUCAAGACGAUCGGCAGCACCUACAUGGCGGUCUCCGGCCUGUCGCCUGAGAAGCAGCAGUGUGAAGAUAAAUGGGGUCACCUGUGUGAGCUGGCGGACUUCGCCAUCGCCCUCAACGAGAGCAUCCAGGAGAUCAACAAACACUCCUUCAACAACUUCGAGCUGAGGAUCGGUAUGGCCCACGGCUCGGUGGUGGCCGGUGUGAUCGGAGCCAAGAAGCCUCAGUACGAUAUCUGGGGGAAGACGGUGAACCUGUCGAGCCGGAUGGACAGCACGGGCGUCAGCGGGAAGAUCCAGGUCCCCGAGGACACCUUCCUGAUCCUGAAGGAGCGCGGAUUCGCCUUCGAGUACCGCGGCGAGAUCUACGUGAAGGGCAUCAGCGAGCAGGAGGGAAAGAUACGGACGCACUUCCUGUCGGGCCGCGUUCAACCAAAUCCGCUCAUCAUGCAGCCGCGAAAAAUCACCGGCCAGUAUUCGCUGGCGGCCGUGGUGCUCGGACUGGUGCAGUCGCUCAACAGGCAGAAGCAGAAGCAGAUCCUCAACGAGAACAACAACUCGGGCAUCAUGAAGGGCCACCACCACUACAACCGGAGGACGUUGUUAGCGCCCGGUACCUCCGAGUCGGGAGGUGGGCAUCACACGGAGCCAGCUGAUAAGGCUGAGCUGUCCUGAAGAGCACAUCACAGGGUUUCAGUUUCCACAACGAAGAGUCCUCAGAGGCAGAGAGGCUCCCCAGGCAGAAACCGUCCCAGAGGUUGAGUUCAACUUAGACCAAGUCAUGUUUAGGAAGUCUCAAGUCUUUGCAAUCAAGUCAUAAUUGAAGUCUUAAGUCUUAAUUUAGAGAAUAAAGAACCGUCCCAGGGGUUGAGUUAAACUUCAGCGAGUGCAGCUUUCUGACUUAGCGAAGGGAAAGCAGCCGGAGGUUCUUUAGGAGUCAUCAAAACUUCAGUCAACAAGUCAUAAAACCCUGAAAUGCUGACUCGUUUCAGGGUUUUAUGACUUGUUUAACCAUCAGUGAACCAAACUAGCCCCAACACCAAACUAGAACAGAUCCAUUAUAGUCACUUUGUGAGGUUAAUUAGCAGCUUAGCUUAGCUUAGCUUACACAUUGAUAUAUGACCAAUCAUGCUGCUUUAACAAUGUCAAUUAAGUCUCUUACAUAUUCCCUCUGAACUGAAUUCGUCCGAUCUUCUAGUUUCUUAGGAUAUCAGGUUCUUAACUGUAUCUUAACAAUUGAGCUUUAAAAAGUCAAACUUUAAAUAGUUUUGAAGGCAUUUCUAACUCUGAAGCGUCCUUUAGGGAACUUCCCGAGCACAUAUCGAGACACAAGUGGUAUCAAUGGAUUAGAUUGGACCUGUAGUUCUCAUAUGAUGUCAGAAUGUUCACUCUAACUAAAGGGCUUUCACUCAACCAAUCAGAUGGUGUCUGCCUCCUGCAGCUGCUCUGCUUCUGACCGAUGUUUGGAGAGCUGAGGCUCCACUUUGUCCUUGAAAGAGGAAGAAGAGGAGGAGGAGGAGGGGGAAGAGGAAGAGGAUCUGUUUCCUCCUCCCUCAUCUGUUGGAACGAUCCCCUCGGACUAUUGGACGUUCCUCCUGUCGUUUCCACUUCCUGUUUUUAUGUCGCCCCCCCGCCCAAAACCCCAAACCCCCGUCCCGCUGACCCUCGCCCGGUGUCGAUGUUUCUUUUUUGUAUUUCUUUUAUAUAUGAGAACACAA